AAAAGGGAAAAUAGAAAAUGGGCUCAGUUAUCUCCUACACUCCUACAGAGAUCAAAGCUAAGACGGGGAAUUUUGGGGUUUGGAAACGUACCUCCCCUUUCCGCCCUCCCCGUUAACAUCUCUAUGUAAUACUUUAUUCUCUAGGUAUUGAAAAGUUUUUGGCCGUUGAUAUCCCUAAAUAAUACUUUAUCCUCUAUUUAUAGAAAAUUUUUUGGAUUCCUCACUACUGUAUCAAAUUAAUUAUUGGAAACAAAUACUUAACAUGGUAAGGUGAAUUUUUUCAUUGAUGAACUGAUCUGAUUCAUCCGGCGACUUCUCUGUAAAAAGAUCUUUUCAAUAAAAAUUUAACUACUAUGUCAAGUUAUUAAGUGUAUAUGAUUUUUGCUACUGAUAUGAUGAUAUUGAGAAAUUCAUGUUAAGAUCCGCUUUAUCAUCAGUCAAUAGUAAAAAUUGAUCCGUGGCAUGCAUGUUCAAGUGAUAAAUUAUUUUCCAACUAUUAAGGGAAUAUAAGUGAAUAAAAAUUGUAGUUUAUAAAGAGUUCCAUUAUUAUUUUGUCCUUAUUUGUUAGGAAGUUAAAAUAAAGAAUAGAAUGGUGUUGUAGGAGUCAAUUUAAUGUGAGAAAAAUAACCCUAAAUAAAGAAUCUUCAUUCUUCAAGUAAGUAGAUAGAUGGAUAUGUCGUUAGGUUAUUGUACGUGUUUAAUUUAUUGAUCAUUUCAUGAAAUAAGCUAUGACUGGCACAUGUAUAUAGCCCUGAGUAGUCCUCAGCGGAGCCAAUUUCAUUUUCACUUUGAGAAGGGACACGACGACCCACACACACAUGCAUUGAAGGGUAUCCGCGCCCGCCUUUGUUGACCGAAUCAAACAGUAGUAGUAGUAUGUAGUAUUCAAUGAAUUCUAGCUAGCAAGCAGGUUCAACGUAGGCAGUCACUGCUACUGUAUAUUAGCGUCUAUACUGGAAUUUCUUCAAUAACUCUGUCCUGGAAUAAAUGGAAAACUACAACAAUCAAGCAGGAAUUUGUGUGCGUCCAUUUAAGGUAUCUGAUGCGGAUGACUUGCUUACAUGGGGAAGCGAUGAUACAGUCACGCGCUUCUUGAGAUGGAACUCCAUCAAAUCCAAACAAGAGGCAAUCGAUUACAUAGAGAAGGUUGCUAUGCCUCAUCCAUGGCGCCGAUCUAUAUGCCUCCAUGACCGCUCCAUUUGAUACGUUUCGGUGAGGCCCGGGUCGGGUGAUUACCGGUGCAAAGCGCAUGUGAGCUACGCGGUGGCGCCGCAGCACUGGGGGAAAGGGAUAGCCACGGCCGCUCUGAGGAUGGCCGUACGGGAAGCUUUGAAGGAGUUUCCGGAGGUGGUGAGAUUGGAGGCCUUGGUGGAGGUUGAAAAUGAGGCCUCUCAAAGGGUUCUCCACAAAGUUGGCUUUCACAAAGAAGCCUUGCUACGUAAAUAUGCCUUCUGUAAAGGGCACAUCAGGGAUUUCCUUAUGUAUAGCUUCUUUCCUACUUGAACAGUUAACUUGCCUCCUCCUUCGAAAUGUUAUCAAACCGUGUGAUUUAUAAUAGAAUUUAUAAUAUUACUUAAGCUUUAGUGCUAUAUACCUUUACCUUUAUUUACUAAUGGAUGGAUACUUUCCCGUGGAAAAUUAAUGAAGAAAGGAAGUAAGAGCGCCGAUAUACUGCUUUCAUUCCUUCUUAAUGCAUUGAAUUUAAAGGAGUAGACAAAAUUUCUGCAUUUUUUGAUGAGAUUAUAAUGCGAAAGAGAAAAUCUUUAUUCCUUGUUAGGAAAUGCAGGGCAACAAAUAAAACAAAUAUAAAAUAGAAAAAGUCUAGGAAACAGCAACUUUAGGUCAGCACGUAAUCAGCAAAAGAAAAGUGAGUAAUCCUUAAUCAUUAGAUGAAAUCUCACACAAUUAAAAUUAUUAUUGAUAGUUAUUUAAUGGUUACAAAUCACAAAAAUUACUGGCCCUACCACUGUGAUAUAUUAUGAGCACUCAAUUGCGAGCUAUUGCGAGCUAGCUAUAAGGCUCAUUCUCAACGCAACUUAUUCUCCCACUCUAGAAGCUAAGGUGAAGAGAUAUAUACCGAAAGAGAUCCAACAAUUUCGAAAAUAUGGUCACAUGGUGAGUGGCUAUGGAGCAUUUAGUCAAGCUAUGCUAUUUAACUUUCUAUUUGUGGGCUUGUCAGGCUGC